UAAUAUACAUUUUGUGAAUGAUCGAAACUAACUCAUACACCUCACAACUUUCAAAAGAGAACUUAAUAAUACAGUUACAAACUUCUCUCUUAUCGCUAGCUCAAUGGAGAAGAGUCUCCAACGAUCUGUUCUCCUUGUGACAUUGUCUCUCUUCUUCUUCUCCAUUCCAGUUUUACUCUCUGUUCCAUUCGUUGUGUUUCACGGAAUUGCAGGUGAAUGCUCCAAUGAUGAAAUGACCAAUUUGACAAAGUUCCUUAACAAUUACUCCAGCUCCCCUGGAUCUUGCGUAGAAAUAGGAAACGGACUGGUAGAUUCCUUAUACAUGCCGCUUACGCAACAAGCAAGCAUAGCUUGUGAGAAAAUCAAACAGAUGCCAGAGCUGAGUGAUGGUUACAACAUUGUUGGAGUGUCUCAAGGAAACUUAGUCGCUAGAGGCCUAAUCGAGUUCUGCGACAAUGCUCCUCCGGUCUUCAACUAUGUAUCUUUAGGAGGUCCUCACGCUGGCCUAUCCUACCUCCCCAAGUUCAAUUGUUCAGUUUGCGAGUUGCUGGACAUAUAUCUUUCAGAUGUUUACAACAACUUCGUACAAGAUCAUGCUGCACCAAGUGGUUGCUUCAAAAUCCCUACUGAUAUAAAAAAUUAUUUGGAACACUCCAAGUACCUGCCAAAGCUCAACAACGAGAGACCUGGCGAGAAGAAUUCCACUUAUAAAGACCGUUUCACCAGCUUGCACAACUUGGUCCUCAUCAUGUUCGAGAAAGAUAAUGUAUUGACUCCUAAAGAAAGUUCUUGGUUCGGAUAUUACCCGGAUGGAGCUUACACACCUAUUUUGCCUCCACAAAAGACAAAGCUAUACACUAAGGAUUGGAUUGGUCUGAAAACCUUGGAUGAUGCUGGCAAAGUGAAGUUUGUUAGUGUCCCUGGCGGACACAUCGAAAUAACGAAAGAAGAGCUUGUAAAAUACGUUGUGCCUUACCUCCAGAACGAGUCUACGCUAUCUUCUGAACACGAGGCAAUGUAGACACUGCAAUCUUGAACCCAUGAAUAAGAAAGGCCUCAUCCUAAAAUAAGGUCUCUAUAUUAAUGUAACAUCAUCAUCUACGUAUCACCGAAAUAAAAAAUAAAUGCUUCAUCAUUUAUCAAAAGAUGAUCAACUUUCUUCAUAUCCCUUAUAUAUUCAAACAGAAGCA